AUGGUAGGGAUAGGACCUAUUUUAGAGGCAAAUGCACUUAUAUGGCAUAAGGUACUGCAGCCAAAACAUAGAUUCAUUUUGUGGUUGGCUGCUCAAAGAAGACUGUUAACCAGAAGGGGAUUAAUAAGUAUGGGACUUGAUUGUGAUUCUGAUGAAUGUGUUCUAUGUGAUAUGCAACAUCCUGAAGACAGUAAACACCUAUUCCUGGACUGCCCUUGGGCAGUGGAAGUAUGGAAUGCAGUAAGUGAUUGGACUAGAAUCCAACUGCCUCACUUGGACAUACAUGAAGCCUUGCAUAUGAUCAAACACAAGAAUUGGACCAGUUUCAAGAAGGAAAUAGCUACAGCUGUGAUAGAAGCCUUGGUUUACAACAUAUGGACAACUAGGAAUUGGAAAUUUUUUAGAGGACAGACUGUUAAUAUAAAUUUUGUAGUCCAGCAAAUGAAAAUCAUAAUUAGAGAAAGAUUAUAG